GCAGUAAGGAUGUGUCCGCUUCAAUAUGUCUCCCACCAAAAUACUCAUUUCGCAGAAGAAGUGUUUUUCUCUUCGGAAGAAGAUCCCACAAAGCGGCCCAAUUUCUUUACAACCUGAAAAAAACUGUCUAAGAACCUGCAAAGCGACGAUGUACGCCAGAACCAACACCGGCAGCACACAUGGAGACUUUCCGGAUCGGAACGGAGUGAACUAUGUGACAUCGACAGAGUCCUUCGGUCACUGCUCUCAAUUGUUCUGGAAAAAGGAUCCAAACGACUCCGGACCAAGUUCGACCAUAAACUGGUGCGAUCAGCUCCCUUCGUCGUCAGCCGCCCUCACCAGCUCCAGUCUUUCCUCAACGUCACUGUCCAGCUCCAGCCUCUCCAUGGACUCCCGAGCACCAGGGACCGGCUCGUCUGCGACGACGCACUCGACAGAUGACCUGGAGGACUCGGACGAGAGGCCGUACGUCUGUGACCUCUGCACGUGUGCCUACAAGCAUGCCAGCUCCCUGCUCAACCACAAGCUCACCCACAGGACAGGAGAUUUCAAAUGUGACUUCUGCAGCAAGCCCUACACUAACUACAUGUCCCUGCGAAACCAUAUGCGAAUCCACGGUCAGAAGCGCUACAUGUGCGACCUUUGCGGGAAGGCCUUCCGGCUAGCCAGGUACCUCCGUAACCACCAGAGGAUCCACGACGACGGGCCCAAUCGCUUCGACUGUCCCUCCUGUUGUAAGAGCUACAGGACAAUGCUGGAGCUAGCUCAGCAUCGCUGCAGCGCGGCUGCGUCCAACCAGUCUGGCAGCCGUCGGUCCAAUUUCUCCAGUAACGCCCGUCGUCAGCAGCAGCGACAGCAGCAGCAGAACAACGCUAACUCCAUGAUGCAACAGCAGCACGGAGGACACGGUCAGCAGGAGGCGCUGCCCUCCCACUGUGUGUCACCCAUGUCUCAGGGAGGUCAAGGCAGCAACGUGGGCAGCCAGCAGGUGCCUGACCCCCACCAGGGUCAUUUUGUGUGUGUGUCCCGGCAGGUCCGACCCAGCUCUGUGUCUUCCCAGAGUAGCCAGCAGAGCAUGAGGAGCUCCUCCUCCAACAAGCACGUGUCCUCCUCCAGCGCCGCCCCGUCAUCCUCCUACUCUCUGCUCCAGCCCCUGGUGCCUGAGGUAAAGGAGAUGAGCUCGGGAUACACUAGGCUGAGCGUCAACUCCAUGCCGAAGCAUCAGGAAGCUUUCUCUCUGGCCCCCCAGCGGCCCCUCACCACCAUCAACCCCAUCGGCCACGCCCUGCAUCCCAACGGCGCGCCCACGCUCAAGCCCUCCCCCGUGCCACGCACCAUCCAGACCAUGCCGUGGGAGCAGCGCUCGCUCUACAAUCAAUGAGACCCCCGGCCCCUCCCACCUCACACCAACCCAGCCCUUAACGUCACAUCCGCCGCCAACGCCACGCCCUCGUCAUGGUCGCCUCUCCUUUGGGAUGUGUGGAGGAGGGAGGACUCCGCCCCUCGCCCCGGCCCCUCCUCCUGGGACCGUUGAGUUUGGGAUCAGGGGGCAGAGAACUGUUGAACUAGUUGACAUUGAUUACUGAGUAGUUAGGUUAAAAUGUGUUGCCUUCACCUUAUGUAUGACCUCGGCCUUGUACUGGAUAUAAGUUAAACUCCGCCCCCACCCUGCCCCCCCCUCCCCUCCCUCCCCCCACUCUAGUGAUGAGAAUAUCUAUCUGUCCCAUUAUUAAUGCCCUCCCCUUUUGCCCCAUGUUAAAUUACACAUUCGUCCCAGGGAGUCUGAACGCUCUGACGGGGUCAAAGUUCACUUUUUGAAGAAGUCCAAACAAUUUCUUUUUUUAGAUGAAAAGGUUCCUGGAAAGUCCAAUAGAAAAUGUGUGUGUGUGUAUGUGUGAGUGUAUGUGUGAGUGUGGGGGGGGGUGGAAUUUUUUUUUUUUUUUUGUAAUAAUAUUUUUUUAUAUUUGACACCACGUCCCCACAUGAAGCUGCAGGUUGGACAUCUGUGUAUGUGGUGCAGUGAGAGACGUCUCCAUCGGUCCACCACGUCUUUUCAUCUUGUAUUUAACCUUUUGACCCCUGGAGCUGCGGCGAGACCACGACACAGACACGGACACGUGUGACCAGCAUCAGAUUGAAGAGAUGGAGGGAAGGAAGGAAAAAAAAAAUAAAGACAGGUUCAGGAUGGGGGCGAGGGGGGGCGUCUCUGUGCUGCUGAGACGGGACGGGUCUUCAUCGUAGCAGCCGCGGACACGGACACACGGCGGGUGCGACCACCUCCUCCUGACGACGCUCACUUCUCCUGAAACGUGCUCACGACCGGAGGCACGUUGUUACUGUAGUUUCACUGACCUGUCGUUGGCUGGGAAUCGAACCUUCACCUCUCUGUCUCUUUGGUUUUUUUUUUUGUUUUUAAAAAAAUUUUUUUUUUUGUUCCAAACUCACAGUUUACACACCUUUGACUUUGACGGCACUCGGAAAAGAGUGCUGCACAACUGUUACUGUCACUGUGUCUCCCUCUUCUCUCCCUCUCCUGUCCACCAGGUGGACGUCAGACCCCGGUCACCACUCACACGAUCACAGCAGCAGACACUGGUGCCUGGAGUGUGGAUGUUACACUGCUGUACAUGGAUGCUGCACAGUAUGUGUGUGUAUGGACGUACGUAUGUGUGUGUGUGUGUGUGUGUGUGUGUGUGUGUUGAGCUCAGUUCCUGGUCCACUUCACUAACAGAGAAAAAAAACAUGUCACUGAUCCAGGAACAGUUUAAGUCCCUGUUCAGACCUGGUGUUAACGAUGGUCUGGUCCCGUGAAGACAGUGUUAACGAGGCUACGUUCACACUGCAGGUCAAAGGUCGUUUGUUAUGGCGUAAAUCACACUGUGAUUGAACAACAAAUUAUACACGUGUGCUGAUGUGUAAUAAUUAAUAAUGAUAAUUAAUAAUUAACAUUGGGGAACUUUAUGGUAACCACAGGCUGCCACAGGAGGCGCCACUAGGGACAUGUUCCUAGCAUCUACAUAUAUGUUAAAGUGCUGUAAUGUGAACGCAAAAAAAAGAAAAAAAUCCUGUUGAGCGACUAGACCUGCGGAGUGAACGUAGCCUCUGUUCUUCAACCGUGUCCCGGCUCCAUCUGCUGGGCCCAGAUGGAGGUUCAUCCACCUGGUUUCCAUCUCUGAUGUCCUGUCAGAUUUUAGGAGCAGAGUUUAUUUUGUUUUGUUUUUUAUUUUGUUUUUUUACAAAGAAAACGCUGAUCCUGAACCUGUGGCUGCAGCGAUGGAGUGACGACUCCGGCCACCAGGGGUCACUAGUUGGUGGGGACCAGGGUAAAAUGACCUCUUGGACUCAGAAGUAUCAGCACAAACUCCUGUGGUCAGCCGAGGCCUGAUCCACACACGAAGGGGUUUUUUUUUUCCUGUAUUAUUGCCUCACAGCCAACACUACAGAUCCUGACAUAUCCCAGAAUGCACUGGGAGCUGAACCCGAUUCUGCUAAUUACCACGUGUUUAUUGCAUCAACAGGAGCAGGUCAGACAUGUUUCAGAAACAAACUGCCGCUGAGACCAGCAUCGAACAGACUCAAAGUCAAACCGUUACAGAGUUUAACCGUUACAGCAGGACAGAAACGUGUCCUUAAAAAUAUAUCCUAAUUUGUGAAUUAAAGAAAAAGAAAAAAAACAACACCAGGUGUGAACGGGGUGUCAGUCGGAGUGACAGUCAGAACCAGGCCUCACUAGUGUUAACGCCUCAUUGUCGGUAGAUGUCGUUAGAUCGUCCUGCUAACACGGCGCUCACUGAAAUACCCACAAUUCUACUGACGUAUUUUUUUUUCUUCUUUUUUAAAAAAGUUGUUUCUAUUUUUAAUCCUUGUUUUCGUCGUUGCUUUCUCUCCUUGUAAAGUGUCUUUGAGUAUUUAGAAAAGUGCUAUACAAAUAAAAAAUGUUUUAUCAUGA